AUCAGGUUCAGACAACAGGCGCCAGAAUGGAAGAGAUCGGAUACCUGGAGCUAAUGAUAAGGGAACACCAACAAUGGAAUCCAGUAAAGAGACUCGAUACUGUGCUGUGUGUAGUGACUAUGCAUCUGGGUAUCAUUAUGGAGUUUGGUCAUGUGAGGGCUGUAAGGCUUUCUUCAAAAGAAGUAUACAAGGCCAUAAUGACUACAUGUGUCCCGCAACCAAUCAGUGCACCAUCGACAAAAACAGGAGAAAGAGCUGUCAAGCCUGCCGACUCCGCAAAUGCUAUGAAGUGGGGAUGAUGAAAGGGGGUAUCAGAAAGGAUCGCAGGGGAGGACGUAUGAUAAAACACAAACGACAAAAAGAAGAGCAAGAGCAAAAGAGUGAAGGCAAUGCAUCAGAGAUAAGGACGGCCUCCAUCUGGGUCAAUCCCUCUGUGAAAAGUAUAAAGUUGAGCCCUGUUUUGUCUUUAACAGCAGAACAGCUUAUCAGUGCCUUAAUGGAAGCAGAGCCACCCAUUGUUUAUUCCGAGCAUGACUCAACCAAACCACUCAGCGAGGCUUCCAUGAUGACCCUGCUAACAAACCUUGCAGAUAAAGAACUGGUGCAUAUGAUUAACUGGGCAAAACGAGUGCCAGGUUUUAUGGACUUAACUCUUCAUGACCAAGUACAUCUCUUGGAAUGCGCUUGGCUUGAAAUCCUCAUGGUGGGUUUAAUCUGGCGCUCUGUGGAUUUUCCAGGAAAGCUUUCAUUUGCUCCAAAUCUCCUAUUGGACAAGAACCAGGGUCGGUGUGUGGAAGGUUUGGUUGAGAUUUUUGAUAUGCUGGUUACCACAGCUACACGUUUCCGGAUGAUGAGGCUCCGUGGGGAAGAGUUCAUCUGUUUAAAAUCUAUCAUCCUUCUCAAUUCUGGUGUAUAUACCUUUCUGUCAAGUACCUUAGAAUCUUUAGAAGACACAGACCACAUUCAUUUGAUUCUGGACAAAAUCAUAGACACAUUGGUGCAUUUUAUGGCUAAAACUGGACUAUCACUUCAGCAGCAGCAAAGACGACUAGCUCAACUGCUACUGAUUCUUUCACAUAUUAGGCAUAUGAGCAAUAAAGGGAUGGAGCACCUGUAUAGUAUGAAGUGCAAAAAUGUUGUGCCGCUGUAUGACUUGCUGUUGGAGAUGCUGGACGCACAUCGCAUGCAUACACCCACAGAAAAAUGUGUAACUCAAGAGGAAGACAGCCGUAGCCCACUGACUGCUGCCCCGACUACUUCACCCUCCGUGCAGCCUUAUUAUGUAAAUAGGGAGGAAACAAUUUUGCAAAACACAUUAUGAGAGAAUUCUGUUUUUACUUUGAUUUUCAUUUUUUAAUUGAUUGGUCUUAAGUGGCUAUGCAUUUCCCAACAAUAUACUACCUAUAGUCAGUGCACCAACUUAGCUAUAUAAUGCUGCAUAUGUAAACACACUCCGGCACGCAUCUUUUAUUAAUGAUUUCUAGUGCAGGAUUUUAUCAUCUCUUUGCGACAUAUCAAAGUGGAAGAGGAGCCAUUGGGCUGAAGGACUCUCUCCAUUACAAUCAGUGCUUUCUGUGAUUUUAUUUUUUGUACGCAAUUUCAUGUAACUCUGUGCUGCCAAUGAGCAGAACUACAUUUCUACAGCUUUAAAAAAAAAAAUUAGUUUGGAUAGUGUUAAAAUAGCAUGGACUAUGACUGAUUCAAAAUCAGAAUAUACUGUAGCUUCACAUGUGCAAGUUUUUAUCUAGCACCAAGCAUUUACAAAUAUCAUUUAUAUGAACACUUUGUCUACAGUUAUGUUAGUGUAUGUAGUUCUCAGUGUUACAGUAGAUAUCACUGGUGUCAUUUCACUUACUUCUUUAUAUAGCUCCUCCCAUAAUAUUCCUAUUCAUUAUACGUUUUCUUAAGUGUU